AUGGCGGCAUUUCUCAGCCUUCCUGCAGAAGUCAACAUUCACAUUCUUAAAUCUCUCAGGAUUCACGACAUUCACUCCUUUCAGCUCCUCUGUAAGGCCACAAACCAGAUGGUCGUCGACAAUUGCUCGACUAUCUAUCGUCAAGCAGCCGUGUUGCACCAGUAUGUCCGGCGCACAGAAGAGACUUGCGGGCUAGAUGAAAUCGUCAAACAUCAGGAUACCCUAUUCAAUGAAGCUGGGUCCGAAGGUCCUCCAAUAUCUGAUUGGCGACAAUACUGUCGAAUGAGAUGGAGAAUCGACACCUCUUGGACAAAAGCUAUCAUACCAAACCAAACGUCAGUCAGACCCGUCUUUGAUGACGCCUUUACAAGACUUUGCGUCCAUAACUCGCAGUUCCUGAUGCCAAGCGAGUCGGACAAUACCGGGUUCUAUACGUGGGAUCGUCAUUCAAGCAUCAAGGAGUACGGCGAGGUUCGAACGGGCGCAAUAUUCACAUCUACCAACUCGUCCCUGGAACUUUGUUCAGGCAACUUUUUCCUCUUCAAAGCCCAGUCCAAAACUUAUGAAAUGUGGUGGCGCGAUACGAACAAGCUCAUCAAGAAUGCGGUCGGUAACGAACCGAUUGCAUUCUUGAACUCUAUGAGCCAGGAUGAUGACUCAUCGGAUGUAACGAGUGAGAACCAGAGAGGAUUCGACCCUCUCGAGCUCAGGUGCAUCGGCAAGAUCAACCUUGAAGCUCGAUGCGACGUCAUGCAAAUGAAGGACGGAAUUCUGAUGCUCGUCACAGAGCAUAAUAUUUUGCAUGUAUUCGACCUUGCGACACUUCUUCCGGCUGGCAUAUCCCCUUUCGAGACCGACGAGGGGAAGGAACCAAUACAGUUGCUUUCGAGACGCGCGCUGCACCCAGCAAGUACCUUUGAUAUAAACCACACUCCAUCCCCCGAGAGUCCAGAUACCGAUGGUCUCUCAGCAGAGUCUGCGACCUGGCGGACCACAACCUACACCCUCUCAAUCGACUUCAACGAAGAACACAUCUUUCACGGCACAGACCAUUCACUUCGUAUCCUCGACCGUGCCACUGGUAAAGCCCUCUACACCCUCUCCUCUGCACCACUCCGUAAAGUCGCACCCGGCCGCUGGGCGCGGAGUAUCAGCCCCAACACCUUCGCCGUCCCGCCCGUCGUCGUCCCAUCGUCACUUACCAAUAACUUGCGACGCAUACAGAUCCCCGCGCAGCCGCACGUAGGCGGGCACGGUGGUACGUUUCCGGUCGGUGCAGGGUUUGGGGCGGUCGAAGUCGGUCAACUCUGGCGACCGACGCAUAACACAGACGGAACGUUGACAAACUUGGGAAACGAAGUCGUGCCCGUCGAGAGGGGUGUAGCACCCUUUCGAAAGGAUCGUCCGUGGAGGUGGGAUAUUUGCGCGACGAGUGUGCACGAAGAUGGACUGUUUGUGCUCGCGCUGAGACACGGAUUCAUUGUUGUCUUUCCAGAUUACCGCCGUUUGCUCGUUCCAGAGUUGGGUGGAUGGAGGCUGGAAGAUCCAAGGGCGUGUUGGGUGCUGGAUCUUGGUGCAAAGGAUUGCGGUGGAAUGGUAUGCGACGGUAGAAGGAUCGUGUGCGCCAUCCCCAAGUAUCUUCUCAUCAUCAACAUACACGAAAUGCAGUAUGAUGAUGGUGUGAAUACUGGCGACAAUGUGAUCAACGCUGGCGCACCCGUCGUUCGCAUCCCCGUCUCAGCUAACGAUGGCUGGGGGUGGGGGAGUAUCGUUGGAAGUCUAUCUGGCGCAGGAGCUCAGAAUAUGGUACUCACAGAGCGCUCGCUGUGGGCACUCGUAAAGAACUCUUCCGCUUGGGAGACACAAACUAUACUCUCCAGAUGGGAUUGGGCUUCACUUACCUAG